AUGUCCAAGCGGCAGUUGAGGCUUCAGCCAUGUUGCCACAAGGCCAAGCGUAGGCCGCCGCCGCAGCAGCAGCAGCAGCCGCAGCCGCGACAGCAUGUCUAUCUCGUGGUGGACGACUGGGAAACUGGAUACAGCGUCCGCAAGAUAGACGUCGACGACAUGGACCCUCCUCACGCCGGCGCCGACCUGGACGACGACGAGGCGGAGCCCCUCCCAGAUCCUCCGGUUGUGCGCUUCUACGGCCGCCACUGCCGCCUGUCGCAUUUCGGCGCGUACGGCACCAACAUACUCGCCAUGCUGGGCCACAGCGAUGCCGCCACCGGGGCCUUCCCCGUAUUCGACACAAAAACGCUGGGGCUCACCCUCUGCCCCCAUCCGGACGUCCACAGUGCCCAGCCCUUGUUCGCAACAGUCGCUGGCGAGCUUUACUUGACGGUGGGAUACUCCACGUUUGUGCUCGACUCCUUGCCACUCCCCGGACCAUACGACGACGAAGACAAGCAGUGCUCUUGGAUCAAAAGCCCAAGGAUCUUUGCUCCGUUCAAUUCCAUUGGUGUUUGCCGCCACAAAGGCGGCAUCGGCCACGUCUGCUCCUGCGAUGCCCCGCCCCUGUCUGAUUACGCUACAACGUUGUCGACCAUGCCGGCUUGGAAGCUUGGCGAGGACCAGCUCUUCGACGCGUACGACGACAGGCACCUGGGAGCCACCCUUCUCUACCUGGGCGGCAUCAGCGACUACUGCCUCAUAGAGUCUCGCCUGCACAAGGAUCAGGAGCCUUUAGGACCCUGUGAUGGGCCACGCCGCCGUGUGCUGCGCGUCACCAAGUUUGGUCUCAAGUAUGAUAAAAGUGGAGAGCUCAGGACGACGCGGCAAACUGUGCGCUCCUACCAGAUGACCGAAGGACAUGAAUUUAAUGAGUCUUGCUUAACUCCUGUGGCUUUCUGGAUGUAG